CAUCCCUGCUGCUGUGAAGUUGUGGAAGUUUACCUCAGGUCUGUCUCAUGAACUUAGUUCAUUUAAAAAGUUUGACAGAGUCAUGAGUGGACAGACGGUCCCCGCGGACUUUUCGGGACACAUGUUGGACCUGGACGAGGACGAAGACCUGGAGGUGUUCAGUAAGAAUACAUCUCUGGCAGAUGGAAGUCCCAUGCCCAACUCUCCCAGCUCCAUGGUCAACCAGUACAGACUGGAGGAUGAGGAGGAACAGCAGGAUGCCCACACCAAAGACAUCUUCAUCACAGUUGACAACCCAGAGAGUCAUGUCACUGCCAUUGAAACUUUCAUCAUGUACAGAGUCCUGACCAAGACCACACGGGGUGAGUUUGACUCCAGUGAGUAUGAGGUACGCCGGCGCUACCAGGACUUCUUGUGGCUCCGAAGCAGACUGGAAGAAAAUCACCCAACACUCAUCGUCCAUCCCCUGCCGGAGAAGUUUGUGAUGAAAGGCAUGGUGGAGCGCUUCAAUGACGACUUCAUUGAGACCAGGAGGAAAGCUCUGCACCGCUUCCUCAACAAGAUCUCUGAGCAUCCCAUUCUGUCUUACAGCCCACACUUUAAAGUCUUUCUCACAGCACAGGAGUUGACAUCUCACAGGAAACAGGGUCCAGGUUUUCUGAGUAGGAUGGGGGAGACGGUGAAGGCGAUGGCAAACUCAGUACGAGGCCUGAGGAGCCGGCCGGAGGAGUUCACUGUGAUGCAGGAAUAUGUGGAGGAUUUCAGUAACAAGAUCGGAUCUGUGGACAAAGUCACGCAGAGGAUCAUCAAAGAGCAGAAAGAGUAUCUAGAUGAGCUUAAACAGUACACCCCCACCUAUACCCAGUGGGCAGAGUCAGAGGAGGAGCUGGCGGAUCAGCUAAAGGGUGUGGCCAGCUGUGUGGAGCGGUGCAGUAAGGAAACAGAAGAGCAUAUCCACCAUCUGUCUGAGGUCCUCGUUCCCGCCCUGCACGAAUAUGUUCUCUGUGCUGAGACGGUAAAGGCUGUGAUGAGACGGAGAGACAACAUCCAGGCUGACUAUGAAGCCAAGAACGAAGCCCUCGCAUCCAGAAAAGCUGACCAAGAAGCACUACAGGAGGAGGUUGACGGUCUUGCAGACCGUUUGGAGCAGGCCAACAACGCCUUGAAGGGAGACUGGUCUCGCUGGCAGGACGGCAUGAGAAGUGACCUGAAAUCAGCAUUUAUAUGUUCUGCUGAGAAGAACGUAGAGUACUAUGAGAAGUGCCUCGCUGUGUGGGAGUCGUUUCUCCUUUCUCAAAGACCGGAGCCGAGGGAGCAGAGAGAUUUUGAAGAUGCCUCUUAAAGGGUGGAGAUGAUCACAACAUGAAGAUUGCCUCCUCUUUCAUAACACAACUGCACCCUCUGUUGUCUUUCCAAAACAGCCAAAUACAGACUUUAAACAAAUGCAAGCAUUAAUCACACCUAAAAGCACACUUUGUCUCACACUCUUCUUUUUUUGUCUGGCCAAAGAAGCUGAUAACAUUCCAGUCAUGAUUGUUCAUCAAUAAAAGUAAACUCUAUGAUCAAUUAA